AUUCGUCUUCGUGGACGAGAACUAGCUGGCGAAACCUCCCUACCCGGCGAAGCUCAACAAGUGCUCGAUCGCAGCAAAAUUCUUUCCGAUGAGUGGGAUCAACUUAGCGAUAACAUUGAUGCGAUGCGUGACAGAGUUAGUCAAGCCGAAAAAUGGGUAGACGGCUAUACGGGUAUCGAAAAAUGGUUGAGCGCUAAGCGUCGUAUGCUGGCUGCAGUAGGAGUGGCAUCUACAGAUUCGGCAGUCGCUAGCAGUCAGUUAGGACAAAUCCAGAUGAUCAAAGCUGAAUUGGAAAGUGAGCGAGCAACCUGGGCGAAACUCAACGAUGUCGCACAGAGGCUGUCCCCGGAGUCAUCUGACAGUGCUGUGUCAUUCGCGGUAAGGGACAAACCAUAUAUUUUCAAAAUAUUAUCUCGUAUCGGUUCGUUCCAUACUAAGUCCGGAGUUUUAUAG